UCAAUGGUUGUGGCCAUAAGUCCAUGACAAGAAAAUGGCUGGUUCCGCAAUGUAGUCCCGAAACGACCCUCCGACAAGAAAAUAACAUCGAGUAACGUAGCGGCUUCGCUUCACUGCUCCCCUCCCCCUUCCUCAACCACCGGGUCUCUCCCUCUCUGACCAUUGAUAUCUCAAAAUGAACAGCGCCAUGAAAGCAGCGUUGAUAAGCUCGAAAACCAGCUGCUUUCAAUUGAGGGCAGCCCUCUUUCAUUCUACUCCCGUCCUAGAACGUAAGAGACGCAAUUACUGGGAAUCCAGAUCCAACAAUUACUCAAAAAGGUUCAGACAGCUGCAUGCAAAACAAACAUUAUUGCGGAAUGUUGGUGCUUACGCGGACUUCAUGUUUCAGAGUUGGCGGGACGAGGAUGAAGAGGAUGACCCAUCUUCAAGUAGGGGCCCCUCAUGGUUUAGAAGGCAAUGCUCUGCUAAGGGCUCCAAAAGGGACUGGACCAACAACCAGGGACCCAAGCGAUCAGGCAGAAGAGUUCACCAGUUCUGUGAAGAAGAUGAUGUUGAUGUUGAGACCAUUUUCCGAUCUGCAUUUGGUGGGAACCGAUUCUUCUAUUGGUCUUUCAUUAAUGAAGAGAAUUCUCAAUGGAGGAGCUCAUCAAACUAUAAUAACUUUGGGAGGUCCUGGAAUUGGAGAUAUCGGAAUGAAGAAACAUAUGAUUCUUCAUCUGAGUCUGAGAGUUCCGAGACAGAUAUGGCUUCAGACAGGCUGGCCCUUGGAUUGAGUGCUUCUGGCCCUCUACAACUUGAAGAUGUUAAAAAUGCAUAUCGAGUCUGUGCGCUAAAAUGGCAUCCAGAUCGUCAUCAAGGCUCUUCCAAGGCUGUUGCAGAGGAAAAGUUCAAGCUUUGCAGCGCAGCAUAUCAAUCUUUAUGUGAUAAGCUGGCCGUGAGUUAAGGAUGCUUUAGAGCGUGCUGCAUUAUAGCAGAUGCAACUUGCAGAUCGUAUUUUUAUCCAGUUAAAAACUGGAGUUAGAAGGUUUCUUUUUUCCCCUGAAGGAAAGAGUGUGGCAAUUGCCACCAUUGUUUCUCUCAAGGGGCAGCAUACGUUCUCAUAGUUUUUUUUUUUUUUUUUUUUUCCCGGGCAACUGACCUGUUCUACCUGGGGCAUACUCUGAAAUAUCUAUGCAAUUAUGGUAUGAGCUUUUAGAUUCUCCAUUGCAUAGCCAGUAAGGAGGCAAGAUCUCUCCUUCUUCACGCGCUGUAACUUGCAUGUCUGUUAAACUUGAAGGCAUAUAUAUUUCAUUUAGGACAAGAAAGAUUAUAAUUUCAUGGUUACGUUGAGAGCA